UAUGUAUCUACAGGGCAGGUUUUGACUUAAGUUUGGCCGACACUUUUACGUAACUCCACCUUCGUUCACUUCGUACGAGCUCGCGGUGAAUAAAUCAAGCAAACCCAUUGUAUAUUUUAGCGGCUAACACACAUUGCUGAUUGCUAGCUAGUGUUAUAGUUUUUUUAUAUAGUUCUAGGUAUUGUUAAAGCGAGCCAGGUACAUUGAUAUGCAAUGUUUUGAUGCAGUAUUUCUGGAUUUUAACUGCAAAGCAUUAAGAGUGAAGAAAUGAACAGUCGACUGCAAGAGAUCCGCGAAAGACAGAAACUUAGACGGCAGCUUUUAGCCCAGCAGUUGGGAGCUGAAAGUGCAGACAGUAUUGGAGCUGUCCUAAACAGUAAAGAUGAGCUCAAGGAGAUAGAGGAAACAAGAGAAACAUGCAGGGCUUCAAUUGAUAGUUCAGCUCCACCUUCCAAAAGGAAAGCACAGACAGAGGGUGAAGACACAGAGGAAGAUGUGGAGGAACAGAAGGAUGAGGUGGAGAUCCAGCAGCCUGAUGAAAGCAACCCUUAUGAGGAAGUUUACAAAGACUCAAGUACUUUUCUAAAGGGUACUCAGAGUCUAAACCCUCACAAUGACUACUGCCAGCACUUUGUGGACACGGGUCACAGGCCACAAAACUUUAUCAGGGAUGUCGGUUUGGCCGACCGGUUUGAAGAAUACCCUAAACUGCGAGAGCUGAUCAGACUGAAAGACGAACUCAUCUCCACCACCAACACCCCUCCUAUGUACCUCCAGGCUGAUCCAGAACACUUUGACCUGCAGGACCUUAAAUGCAAAUUUGAUGUUAUUCUGCUUGAGCCUCCAUUAGAAGAAUACUACAGGGAAUCGGGCAUCAGCCACACGGAACGUUUUUGGACCUGGGACGAUAUCAUGAAAUUAGAGAUUGAGGAAAUAUCAGCUCUACGCUCCUUUGUCUUUCUCUGGUGUGGAUCUGGGGAAGGCUUGGACCUGGGUAGAAUGUGUUUGAGGAAAUGGGGAUUCAGACGGUGUGAGGAUAUCUGUUGGAUAAAGACAAACAAGAAUAACCCAGGAAAGACCAAGGCACUGGACCCAAAAGCAGUAUUCCAGAGGACUAAAGAGCAUUGCCUGAUGGGAAUCAAAGGUACGGUUCGCAGGAGUACUGAUGGUGACUUCAUCCAUGCCAACGUGGACAUUGACUUGAUCAUCACUGAGGAGCCUGAGAUGGGGAAUGUCGAGAAGCCUGUCGAGAUCUUCCAUAUCAUUGAGCACUUCUGUUUGGGCCGUAGGAGGCUGCACCUGUUUGGACGAGACUCUACAAUCAGACCAGGCUGGCUGACAGUGGGCCCGACUCUUACCAACAGUAACUUUAACCCAGAAGCCUACGCCUCACAUUUUGAAUUGCCUAACUCCCACCUGUCUGGCUGCACUGAAGAAAUAGAGAGGCUGCGGCCUAAAUCUCCACCUGCCAAACUGAAGUCGGACCGCGGUGGUGGAGCGCCUAGAGGUGGGCGUGGUGGACCAAAUGCAGGCAGAGGCGGAGACAGAGGACGGGAAAGAAACCGACCAAAUUUCCGUGGAGACAGGGGAGGGUUCCGAGGCAGGGGAGGACCACAUCGGGGCUUUCCACCACGCUAGUCCAGAAGAAGAAAUGCCCAUGUGAAUUAUCCACAGUCAUAUUGUGGUUUGGUUUAUACUGUAUGUGACAGCUGAGAAGAUAGUUUGAUCAGUCUUUUGGUUUGUUUGAUUUUAAUACUUGGAUUAUUCUCAUUAUAUUAUGUUUUUUUUGUUGUUUUUUUUUACUGAUUUUCAAUGAACAUAUUGACAUACAAUAGUUUUAAUAAAUGUUCUUUUCAUUAUAUGUGAUCAUGUGUUAAUUUGUGUGUUAUUUUUUUUCUGUAGUAGGAUAAACACAUAUGAAGGAAAUAAUAGGGGGUGAUAUUAAAUUUAGUAAUA